CCGCGCUGCUUCAAAGAGCUUUCUCUCGUACACGUGGACGCGCACGCACGCUCUCAUUCUCGCUCUCCCUCUCAAACACACACACAAACAGACACACAGUUACUUGCUCCUUUCUCUUUUCUAAAGGCCCUUGUGAAGCAGAUUGACAGGCUAGAAUGAAAAUGAGGCGGGCGCUCGGUCACGACUUCAGUGCGUACGCGUCCUUUUGAGAAGACCUCUAAACUUGGAUCAUAUCACCAUGGGAGCUAUUUGGGCUGCAAGGGACUUUUGUUUGUUUUUGCUCUUGUUAAAUAGUCGCCAAAGCGCAGCGCUUCCAGAGAAUCGAGGUGGGACUGUAGUGACAGAUCCAUGCGCAGAGGGAAGUGAUGGCUGUCACAUUGAUGCUAUUUGUCAGACAACUCAAGGCUCAUACAAGUGCACGUGCAGGGCAGGUUUCAAAGGAGACGGAAAACAUUGUGAAGACAUAGAUGAAUGUGACUUAGAGCACAAUGGUGGCUGUGUACAUGAAUGCAACAACAUACCAGGCAAUUACCGAUGCACUUGUUAUGAUGGCUUCCAUUUGGCACAUGAUGGUCACAACUGUCUGGAUGUGGAUGAAUGCAAGUUUAACAAUGGUGGGUGCCAGCACACUUGUGUCAACACCAUGGGCAGCUACGAAUGCCGCUGUAAAGAGGGAUUCUUCCUCAGUGACAACCAGCACACCUGCAUCCACCGCUCUGUGGAGGGCCUCAACUGUAUGAAUAAGGAGCACGGCUGCGCCCACAUCUGCAAAGAGACACCCAAGGGAGGCGUGGCCUGUGAGUGCCGUCCAGGGUUCGAGCUGGCUAAGAACCAAAGGGGCUGCAUUUUAACAUGUAUCCAUGGUAAUGGAGGAUGCCAGCACACUUGUGAAGACACAGAGCAUGGGCCAAUAUGCAAGUGUCACCCCCGGUACUCUUUGCAAGCCGACAAACGAUCCUGCCUAGAACGAGAUGAGGCCACCACGGAGUCUGCGGACAACAACACCACUUCCUUCACUGAAGUGGAUAAACGGGUGAAACGAAGACUUCUUAUGGAGACUUGUGCUGUGAACAAUGGGGGAUGUGACUGCACCUGUAAAGACACGUCCACAGGUGUCCGCUGCAGUUGUCCUGUUGGAUUCACCUUACAGCCGGAUGGAAAAACAUGCAAAGAUAUUGAUGAGUGUGAAGUUAAUAAUGGCGGCUGCGAUCACUUCUGUAGGAACACCAUCGGUAGCUUUGAGUGCAACUGUCGGAAAGGCUUCAAACUUCUCACAGAUGAACGCUCCUGCCAAGAUAUAGAUGAAUGCUUCUUCGAGCGUACAUGUGAUCACACGUGUGUGAACUCCCCUGGUGGUUUUCAAUGUCUAUGCAACAAAGGCUACACCAUGUAUGGACUGGCCCACUGUGGAGAUAUAAACGAGUGCAGUGUGAACAACGGUGGUUGUGAGCAUAUAUGUGAAAAUGUCAUGGGUGGAUUUGAAUGCUUUUGUCAUCCUGGUUAUAAACUGCACUGGAAUAAAAAGGACUGCAUUGAGACUGAGAGUUUACCACCUGCCAAAUCUUCCACUAAACCUACAUUGAACUGUAGUAAACAGGAGGGAGGGGACCGCUGCUUCCUGACAUGCCAGUCACAAGUUCACAUCAGUAGUGGCACAGAGGAUUCAUACACAGUGACCUGUGGAGCGCCUCUGCCCUGCCCGGCUGAUGCUCAAAGGGACAACAAUGGCCUGUACUGCUUAGGUCAAGAAAUAUCUAGUGUUUCACGUAUACGGACCACAGCCACCUUCAGGUCUGGCACCUCGAAGUGUAACUUAAAACGAAGCCAGGAAAAACUCAAAGAGGGGUUAAACUCUGCACAUUCAGACAGUCGGUUCCUCUUCACUGAAAAUGUUCAGUUCAGUUUUGUGAGCCUCCGCUGCACGUCGUCUGGGCAACGCCCCCGCAGUCGCCAUGGAAGAAAGACCAGCGAGGAGGACGGCUCUUCCAUCACAGCCGAGUUUGUGCUGGAUGUGAACCCAGAGGAGGUAACAGCAGAGACUUGUGACCUGAACUGUGUGCGCCGACGGUCAGAGAAGAAACUCAAAAAGACCAUACGGACAUUGAGAAAAUCCAUAAACCGCGAGCAGUUCCACCUCCACUUUGCUGGAUCCGACUAUGAGCUAGGAAGGAGCCUGGUCCAGCCUGCAGAGCUCCCGGGGCACUGCGUUGCUGGUCAGGUGCUUGUGAACAGGAAAUGUGUGAGCUGCAGUGUUGGGACGUACUAUGAUCUGAACCUGGGGAGGUGCAUGCUUUGCCCAGCGGGGACCUAUCAGGACGAAGAGGGACAGAUGUCUUGUGACGUUUGCCCUGCUCCAGAUGGAAGAGAAAUCUCCAAAGUUGUGGGUGCUCGAAACCUUUCAGAAUGUGGAGGUCAGUGUCCUCCGGGCCAGUACUCUCUGGAUGGCUUUAUUCCCUGCCUGCCGUGUCCGCUGGGCACAUACCAACCCGACGUGGGCCGCACCACCUGUUUCCCCUGUGGCGGAAACCUGGUCACCAAACACACUGGAGCUGUCACCUUCCAAGAGUGUGAAACCAAAGUCCAGUGCUCUCCGGGCCAUUACUACAACACAAGCACACACCGCUGCAUUCGCUGUCCCAUGGGAACUUACCAAGGGGAGUUUGGACAGAACUACUGCGUUGCCUGCCCUGGAAAUACAACCACUGACUUUGAUGGCUCAACAAACAUCAUGCAAUGCAAAAAUCGACAAUGUGGUGGAGAAUUAGGAGAUUUUACUGGUUAUAUUGAGUCCUAUCCUGGAAACUACCCUGCAAACAUUGAAUGUACUUGGAUCAUCAACCCUCCUCCCAAACGGAGAAUCCUUAUUGUGGUGCCAGAAAUCUAUUUACCCAUUGAAGAUGAGUGUGGAGACUACCUGGUCAUGAGGAAAAGCUCCCUUUCCAACUCGGUGACCACCUACGAAACCUGUCAGACGUAUGAGCGGCCGAUAGCAUUUACCUCUCGCUCCAAAAGACUUUGGAUACAGUUUAAAUCCAAUGAAGGCAAUAGUGGGAAGGGCUUUCAGGUUCCAUAUGUGACGUAUGAUGAGGACUAUCAAGAAUUGAUAGAAGAUAUCGUCAGAGAUGGAAGGCUCUAUGCCUCUGAAAAUCACCAGGAAAUACUCAAAGACAAGAAACUAAUGAGGGCUCUAUUUGAUGUGCUGGCUCAUCCACAAAACUUUUUCAACUACACGGCACAAGAAUCAAGAGAAAUGUUCCCAAAAUCCUUCAUCCGCUUCCUGCGCUCUAAAGUCCUGAGAUUCCUUCGUCCAUAGGGAGCACUGCUGAGCAGUUAUUUUUCUCCAGUGACCAGUUACUAAUUCCUCUGUAGACGUGACCAAAACAGGAUUGGACUGCACACUUGUUAAACUGGUCAUUAAAAACAGAAGCUUUAAGAGGAAGACAAUGGACAGUGGAAAAGUGAGAUUGAAUGCUCUUCUUCACUGUUGUGUUUCAAACUAUUGGAGUGCUGCUGUGUCUCACCUACUUUGCCAUUUAUACAUGUCUCAUGAGUUAGAUAUUAUGAGCUUUCAGCAAUGGAAGCAAAAUCAUUGUAGCUAAUAAGAUGCUAAUUUCAAAGAUACUGUAUAUAGGGUGUAUUUAGUUUUAACAUAAGUUUAAAGGCUCAUUGUAAGGUAAAUGAAAUACAUCACUAUUAAGGGAAUUAUUACAGCACAAAAAUAUUUUUUGGAAACAUCAGCCAUUUAAAGGGGUGGGGGGGUACCUCAGAAGCAAUUACUUUGAUAAACUAUUUGUACAUGAUGUAAAAAUAA